UGAAUGAUACACAGGUUGAAAAACUCACUGUAUCUUACUUUCAUUUUUGCUUUUAAAAAUGGCUGCGUUUAUUUUUUUAAACAGGCUUAUAACCCACACCAUGGAUAACUUAUUGGACUUUGCCUGAAAGGAGUCAUUAGUGACAUUGGAUAUUUGACCGUCUUGGCCACAGGUUUUUCAGAAUGAAUGGAAGAUCAUGCAGCAUGAGUCUCCACUGGACAUCGGGAACCCCACAGGGGCCUAGGAUGGUCAGUGGUCACCACAUUCCUGCCAUCCGAGCCCACUCCGGGACUCCUGGCCCCUCGCCCUGUGGCAGCACAUCGAGUCCCACUAUGGGAAGCCUUGCUAACAACCUCCAUCUCAAGAUGCCCUCGGGAGGAGGGAUGGCUCCUCAGAACAACGUGGCUGAGAGCCCCAUCCAUCUGCCUGCCUUAAGCCCCAGGAGACAAAUGCUCACCAAUGGGAAGCCGCGAUUCCAGGUCACCCAGGCUGGAGGCAUGUCAGGGUCACAUACUUUAAAGCCAAAGCAGCAGGAGUUUGGAAGCCCUUUUCCUCCAAAUCCUGGGAAAGGGGCUCUUGGCUUUGGGCCUCAGUGCAAGUCCAUUGGAAAAGGCAGCUGCAACAAUCUAGUGGUCACCAGCAGUCCCAUGAUGGUUCAGCGACUGGGACCCAUUUCACCUCCUGCAAGCCAGGUCUCUACAGCAUGCAACCAGAUCAGUCCUAGCUUACAGAGGGCAAUGAAUGCAGCCAACCUGAAUAUACCUCCUUCAGAUACCAGGUCCCUUAUUUCGCGUGAAUCUUUGGCGUCCACGACCUUGAGUCUGACGGAAGGUCAGUCGCCCUCGGGUGUGAAGCAGGAGUGGUCUCACGGCUACAGGGCCCUCCCUUCGCUCUCCUCCAACCGCGGCUCUCAGAAUGGCCUUGAUCUAGGGGAUCUCCUUGGCCUUCCUCCCGGGACAUCCGUGUCCAGCAAUAGUGUCUCUAACUCAUUACCAUCCUACCUUUUUGGCAUGGAAAAUAGCCACUCUCCUUACCCUAGUCCUCGGCACGCAUCCACCAGGUCCCACUCGGCCCGCUCUAAGAAGAGAGCCCUGUCCUUGUCCCCGCUGUCCGAUGGCAUGGGGAUAGAUUUCAAUACCAUCAUCCGCACGUCGCCCACGUCCUUGGUGGCCUACAUCAACGGGUCGAGGGCUUCCCCGGCCAACAUGUCCCCGCAGCCAGAGGUCUACGGGCAUUUCCUGGGCGUGCGCGGCAGCUGCAUUCCCCAGCCGUGCCCGGUGCCCAGCGGCCAGAAGGGCGUGCUGGUGGCCCCUGGAGGCCUGGUGCUGCCGGCCUACGGCGAGGACGGGGCCCUGGAGUACGAGCGCAUGCAACAGCUGGAGCACGGCGGCCUCCAGCCGGGCCUGGUCAACAACAUGGUGGUGCAGCACGGCCUGCCGGGCCCCGACAGCCAGCCGGCCGGCCUGUUCAAGACCGAACGCCUGGAGGAGUUCCCGGGCAGCACCGUAGACCUGCCCCCCGCGCCUCCUCUCCCUCCUCUGCCGCCGCCCCAAGGUCCCCCACCCCCUUACCAUGCCCACGCGCACCUUCACCACCCGGAGCUCGGGCCCCACAGCCAGCAGCUGGUCUUGCCCCAGGCCGCCCUGGACGACGACGGGGAGAUGGACGACGUCGGGGGCAAGCAUUGCUGCCGCUGGAUCGACUGCAGCGCCCUGUACGACCAGCAGGAGGAGCUCGUGCGGCACAUCGAGAAGGUCCACAUCGACCAGCGCAAAGGGGAGGACUUCACUUGCUUCUGGGCCGGUUGCCCUCGAAGAUACAAGCCCUUCAACGCCCGCUAUAAACUGCUGAUCCACAUGAGAGUCCACUCCGGGGAGAAGCCCAACAAGUGUACGUUUGAAGGUUGCAAGAAGGCCUUUUCAAGGCUUGAAAAUCUCAAGAUCCACUUGCGGAGCCACACAGGCGAGAAGCCGUAUUUGUGCCAGCAUCCGGGUUGUCAGAAGGCCUUCAGUAACUCCAGUGACCGCGCCAAACACCAGCGGACGCAUCUGGACACUAAACCUUAUGCUUGUCAAAUUCCAGGAUGUACCAAACGCUACACAGACCCAAGUUCCCUAAGAAAGCAUGUGAAGGCACAUUCUUCCAAAGAGCAACAAGCAAGGAAAAAGUUGCGGUCCAGCACAGAGCUCCAUCCAGACCUGCUCACAGAUUGCCUUACCGUGCAGCCCCUGCAGCCGGCCACUUCCCCUAGAGAUGCUGCUGCUGAAGGGACCGUGGGACGCUCCCCUGGACCCGGGCCUGACCUCUAUUCAGCUCCCAUUUUCUCCAGCAAUUAUUCAAGCCGAAGUGGAACAGCUGCUGGGGCCGUACCACCCCCACAUCCUGUCAGUCACCCUUCUCCAGGACAUAAUGUACAGGGGAGCCCCCACAACCCCUCCUCCCAGUUACCUCCACUCACAGCUGUGGACGCAGGAGCUGAGAGGUUUGCACCUUCUGCUCCAUCUCCUCACCACAUCAGCCCCCGGAGAGUUCCGGCUCCUUCUUCAAUACUGCAAAGAACACAGCCUCCCCAUACCCAGCAGCCAUCAGGUUCACACCUGAAAUCCUAUCAGCCAGAAACAAACUCUUCUUUUCAACCAAAUGGUAUCCACGUCCAUGGAUUUUAUGGGCAGCUGCAGACGUUCUGCCCCCCACAUUACCCUGAUUCCCAGAGAACUGUGCCGCCUGUCAGCUCCUGCAGUGUGGUGCCUUCCUUUGAGGACUGCCUGGUCCCUACAUCCAUGGGCCAGGCCGGUUUUGAUGUUUUCCACAGAGCCUUCUCGACUCACUCGGGCAUUACAGUGUAUGAUUUACCUUCAAGUUCCUCGAGCCUCUUUGGGGAGUCUCUCCGCAGCGGGGCUGAAGAUGCUACCUUCUUGCAGAUCAGUGCUGUGGACCGCUGUCCCAGCCAGCUCUCCUCUGUCUACACCGAAGGCUAAAAGCUCUCUUGGCCACUCCUGCACACCCAGGACCUUGAUGUUGCUUGCCACCUUUUGUUUUCGUACUCUCACAGACUGCAUGAGGAAGGAUGUCAGCCCAAUCAGCAGGACCUGCAGAGUCACUGAUGUUCUUUCAGAAGGCAGGACUGAAUGGCAGAGCUAGCUCUGCAGGAAUCAUUGCAGUUGCUCCUUUUUCUCUCUGGGUUUCCUGGACUAUGUGACCAGGAGGACUGUCUUUUCAAAGGGAAUUUAGAGCCUCACUCUACUGGAUACCUGUUACUUCCUGGCUGUCAACCCUUAAAGGACCCCAAUGAAAUGAUGUGCAUGUGAAAAUGUAGUUUGGGGAUGACCCUGCCUGAAAACUCCAAACAGGGAAAAAGACCUCAAUUACCAGAGGCAUAGUGACCUGCCUCACCUAAUCCUCACCCUUGCUGCUCCUGAUGCAAAGCCAGGCACAACAAGGGAAAUCCAUGUCCAAAGCACAGUGCAGUCUCAACUCUUAGAAACUCCCUGGGUUUCCCUUUUCUCUUAGCCACAUGCUAACCAGUUGCUUCUCAGUGUUUCUUUAAUAGAAAAAUAAGGUUUUAUAUGCCAGCAGCCUAUCUUUGUUUUUGCAUUUUAAAGACUUAGUUAUUUAUAUGUACUUUAAAAUGAAAAAAAAAUAUGUAAAGGUCUGUUCUUUGAAUGGAAAUCAUUAUUAUUGUAAUCACCUCAGCUAUAGACAUUUUGCACAGCUGUGGUUCUGCCUGGCCCCACCUCUGGCAUGUUAGUUUUGCAGUUAGCAAAGGCUACCUGAGGGAAAUGGAGUGGGCACCUCCCGCACCAACAGUCCUGUAGCUGGAACCUUCCUGGGUUGACUGUUUAGUAACUCCACCUCAAAGACUUUGUUCAAAGAAAAACGUUGUUUGACUGGUUUACCCAUUGCCUCCACUCUGGUGCUGCACCCAGAGAAGUGCCAGAUGUGAGAACUGGGACAGACUGAGUCGUGUGCCAGCUUCCCUUGGAAAACCAAACCUAAUGAUGCUUGACUUGCAGUGCUCAGAUUUUACCAACGUUUUUCAGGAUAUCCACUCCUCUGUCUGUCUCUUCCCUAUACUUCUCUCCACCCUCUUUGUGCAUCCCUCUUACCCUCUUCCUGACUGUGGUUCAGAUAUCCCCACCAGCCGCCACUGUCUGAUCAUCUUGGGAAGGUAGAAGUGACAGUUCUCGAAAGGUCUACAGAAAGAGGCAAUUCUUUUUCUGAGUUCCAGUUUGAAGGCCUGGAAUUUUCACAUAGCACUUGGUCGAAAAUAUCAAGCCUAAAUAGGAAGUCACUUUCUGUGACACCUCUACAUAGCUAUUACAGAUCCUAAGUCCUAGGGCAUCAGCUAUAAAAAUUGGCCAGUCACAAGGACACAGUUAAGUUCUAACAUUCUGGUACUAUCAUAUUUCAAAUAUUUUUUCUUACUUUUUAAAAAUGUUUUUCUGAACAAAAGUGAAACAAUGCCAUUUGUCAAA